UCAGCCAUAUUAAUUGGGUCUGGUCUUCGCCUGCUACACGUCGGCUGGAGACGAACACCGUCCGCGCGGACCGUCCAUAGCCUGCACGCGAACGUGCAAUUGCAGCUUCGCUCUAAAAACCGCUCUCCACACAAGCUGGUGGACUGCCACAGCAAACAUGACCGCCGCAAGGCUGAUUUGCACGCUGCUCGUCAGUGCAGCGGCGCUGCAGCUCCCCUCUUUCACCACGAAAAAAGCAACAACGCUUCGCUCGUCCGUCGACGACGCCGCGUGGCCGCGCCCCAAAGCGCCGCCGCUAUUACAAACCCUCGGCAUCUCGCGGGACCGCGCGCUGAAAUCGCUCGCGACGUUGGACAGGGGCGAGUUCCGUUGGGAAUUCCUGACGCCCUGGGUGGAUCGCGACCUCACGCGCACGGACAAAGUGAUCGUCUGCAGCACAUUCAUCGGGCUGGCCAUCGUCUCGCAAGAGCUGAUCGAGCCGUCGACGGCGCUCGCCCAACAUUUGAGUUACGUCGCCACCUUCUUCUCCUACGCGGCGGGCGAUCAGGUUGUGUACAGGGCGAUCGCCAUCCUCGCGUCUCUCCUGGAGAUCUUCGCCUACGGCGUGGAAGACGGCGCCUUUUUGCUGCGGGAGGACGCGAUCCCCGAGGGGUACAACAUCAUUUUCAUCAUCGUCAAUUCGUAUUAUGUGUUGCGGUGGGCGCUGAAUCGGAGCGACAUGGUCGGUCUUGGGCUGCUGGACGCGACGGAGACCGAAUUAUAUAAAAGAUGCUUCGAGCCGCUCGGCGUCGGAGCGUAUCAAUAUGUGAAGCUACUAAGGGACGCGGUCUGGUGCGCACCCACCGAAGAGACGCCAUUAACCGUAGAAGGCGAGCCCGUCACGCAGUUGUUUGUCUCCGUGAGCGGCGACUUCGACGUCGUGUCCGGUGGCCGGCGGGUCGCCACCCUGCCCGAGUAUCAAGUGAUUGGGGAAGUAGCACUGCUGGAGAACCUCCAGUCUAAGGACGGCGCGUUCCACCAGGCCGCACGCGCGACCGUGCUGGCAGAGCCCGGUUCGAGAUACGUGGCCUUUUCCCAGAAAGCGCUCUACGAGCUCCAGCUCGCCGACGAGGCCUUCGCCGCGGCGAUGCGCCUCGCGAUUGCUCGAACCUUGUCGCACAAGCUCGGCGCAGCUAGAGCGUCGACGGGCGCUUUACUGGCGCAGCGCAACAACGAAGAGGAUGCGAGUGCGGUGGUCGUGCGCAAAAUCAUGAAGCCGGACGACGAACGCCUCUUCCAAUCGACGUUCGCGAAGCUCGGCGUCGGCAGCGACGCCUUCGCGGCGCUCUGCGAGGCGGCGGCGCCCGUGGCGACGGAUGGCGAUGCGCUCGCGAGGACGGUGAUCCGCGAGGAUAGCGACGCCGAGGACCUGGUCGUCCUCGAGUCCGGCGGCGCGGCGGCGUUCGUCGACGGCGUGAGGGUCCAGGCCUUCGAAGGCCCGGCGCUGCUCAACGCGGAGCAGGUCCUCGAGGGGGCCAUCGUCGGCGGCUCGUCGCCGCCCCUCGCGCGCGCGACGGUGGUCCUGGACGAGGGCUCCGUAGCGCGGGCGUGGACGUUGCGGGAUCUCCGGCGCCUCGUGCGACGAGACGCCGCCGUCGCGCCGGCGCUCCGGGCGUGCUACGACUCGCUCCUCCGCGAGCGGGGCGUGGAAUUUGACCUCUUGUAA